CCAGAGCUGAGCCGUCGGACUGACGGUGCCCAGAGCAGUUCCUGUCCCCGGCCCCUGCGCCGGGGAGACGUGAGCGUGCACACGUACACACACAGCGGGGGAAGAGGCGCUCAGAGCGGCGCCCAACUUUCUCCCUGCUUCCGCGGGCCGGGGGAGAAAGCCAGAGCCAUCCAGCCCGGGCGGUGCUUGGGGAGGAAGCUGCAACAAGACGGAAGAGAUGGAGAGGAUCUCCCCGGGUUUGGUUUGAGGGUUUGGUUUUUUGUUUUUGUUUUUUGCCCAUUUCCAUCGAUAACUGGAGACUAAAGGGAAUCCGGAGCCGGGCGGCGAGUAGCGCUUUAGGGAAAUGGAAGAGUGUGUUUGGAGACGCGUAAAGUUGCCUUUCAAGCUCCGACCUCCGGGGCAAGCGAUGCUCCGCGGCGGGCUGACUCAGGGCGGCUUGGGCCUCCCUGUCACCCGCCUAGAAAUGAUGCAAGUCCAAUCGGUCACCUGGAUCCCUGCAGCCUAGCCCGGAAUCCGUCUGGAUUGGGGGAGGGGUGAGGAACUGGUACACUAAGUGUUGCACGGCCCACCAAAUCGGGGCAAAAAAAAAAAAAAAAGCGGGGGGGGGGUGGAACAGUUGCGCAGGCCAAGUCCUAUCUAGUGCUUCUCCUAUCUUAGUUCGAAAGGUGUUUUUUUGUUGUUGUUGUUUUUUUUUUUUUUUUCCUUAAAGCAAAGCGUCACAAAGCCAGGAAUUCCCAUCUGUGCUCAGUUUGCCCCUAGCGUCACUGUGCCCAAGAACCUCCAAUCUGUCAAGGCUCGGGUCUGGGGAGCUCACUGAAUUCCAAACGACAGAAAGAGGAAACUUUCCCGGCAAGAUGCGGGUGUGAUGCGAGCCAGGGGCCCGGGGAGUGGGAGGUGGGGGGAACGACGCUGUCCCAGCGCAGACCGUCUGCUCCCGCUCUUCUUUAGUCGCAAUCGGAGCUGGUAUUCCCUUUUAUUUUUUAAAGUGCGUUCGGCCAUUGCCCUGGAUCACCCGCACACGCGCACGCGUCUCCGGCCGCGCUCACACACACUCAUACACGCAAGCAAACGCGCGGCCGGCGCCAGGUCGGCAACUUUGUGGGGCGCUCCCGGCAGAGCUCGGCUUCCUCCUGUAGUAGUUGGGCGCAGGCCCCGCCUCCCAGUCGUGUUGUCAAACGGGCCGGGGUCUCGGAUUGGUCCAGCCGCUGGGACAACACCUGCUCGACUCCUUCAUUCAAGUGACACCAGAGCUUCCAGGGAUAUUUGAGGCACCAUCCCUGCCAUUGCCGGGCACUCGCGGCGCUGCUAACGGCCUGGUCACAUGCUCUCCAGAGAGCUACGGGAGGGCGCUGGGUAACCUCUAUCCGAGCGGCGGCCGCGAGGAGGAGGGAAAAGGCGAGCAAGGAGGAAGAGUGGGAGGAGAAGGGGACGCAGCCAAGGAGGAGGAAGAAGAGGAGGAGAGCACAAAGAAUCCAGGUCUCCGGGCGGGAGGUUUACACACAAAACCAUGUGUGCCGAGCGGCUGGGCCAGUUCGUGACCCUGGCUUUGGUAUUGGCCACCUUCGACCCGGCGCGGGGGACCGACGCCACCAACCCGCCGGAGGGUCCCCAAGACAGGGGCUCCCAGCAGAAAGGCCGCCUGUCCCUGCAGAACACAGCGGAAAUUCAACACUGUUUGGUCAACGCUGGCGAUGUGGGGUGUGGUGUGUUUGAAUGUUUCGAGAACAACUCUUGUGAGAUUCGAGGCUUACAUGGGAUUUGCAUGACUUUUCUGCACAACGCUGGAAAAUUUGAUGCCCAGGGCAAGUCAUUCAUCAAAGAUGCCUUGAAGUGUAAGGCCCACGCUCUGCGGCACAGGUUCGGCUGCAUAAGCCGGAAGUGCCCCGCCAUUAAGGAAAUGGUGUUCCAGUUACAGCGGGAAUGCUACCUCAAACACGACCUGUGCUCUGCCGCCCAGGAGAACACACGGGUGAUGGUGGAGAUGAUUCACUUCAAGGACUUACUGCUGCAUGAACCGUACGUGGACCUGGUGAACCUGCUGCUGACGUGCGGAGAAGAGGUGAAGGAGGCUGUCACCCACAGCGUCCAGGCCCAGUGCGAGCAGAACUGGGGAGGCCUGUGCUCCAUCUUGAGCUUCUGUACCUCGGCCAUCCAGAGGCCCCCCACAGUGUCCCCUGAGCGCCAGCUCCAGGCAGACAGAGCCAAGCUCUCCAGGGCCCACCACGGGGAGGCAGGUCACCCCCUCUCAGAGCCCAGUAGUCGGGAGACCGGCCGAGGUGCCAGGGGAGAGCGAGGUAGCAAAAGCCAUCCAAACGCCCAUGCCCAGGGCCGAGCCGCCAGCCACGGGGGCCAGGGAACUUCUGGAAGCAGCGAGUGGGAGGAGGAACAGUCUGAGUAUUCCGAUAUCCGGAGGUGAAACGAAAGGCCUGGCCGGGAAAUCUUUCCUCCAUGCCGUCCAUUUUCUUCUCUAUGGACAUUCCAAAACAUUUGCCAUUAAAGAGGGGGGAUGUCUACACGCAGGAUUUGGUGGGGAUUGCGGACUUGAUGCAGGUGUGUGCUAGCGGAACGAACAGGUGAGGCAGAGGCGACCUGGGCAGCAGCGAGGUCUCGGCUGGGCCUGCGGAGGGUUCCCACACUUGCACAUCCCUAAGUGAGCGUUCACGCGGCCUCCUUGCAACUUUGUCUUCUUUCCAUCCGUGGAGCCACUGGGCAGCGGCCUGCGGUUUGCUCUGCUGUGGGGGAGUUGGGCCAGGGAAGGGCAGGGGUCAGACUGGACCGCACACUCGGUGCUGGGCUCCAGGCCCGCAGCUCUGGUGCUGUCUCGGCAGAGGGCAGGCUGGAUCCGGGUGCAGCAGUGAAUGUGAAAACCGCCCUGGGAGUCAGAAGGUUGCAGAGGAGAUGGAGGCUGUGUGGGUGCGUGGUGCCAAAUGGAAGUUCAGUUUCUUGCAUGGGACCUUGAGGUUUGGAGCUGCUGGGGACGGGGAGGGCAAGGGUUCUAAGUGUAAUUUCUGAGCCAUUGUUCCGUCUGGGGGACCAUGUCCGAGGGAGUGGUCCCUGUGGGUCUGUAUAUUAACCACUGCUUCGAAUCUCUAUUUCACUUUUUUAUUUAUCCAGUUACAUCUACAUACCUGUCGUCUAAAUAAAUGGCUUUUGAACAAAGCAAAUGGGUCAUUAAAACCAGCUCAAAGGAAAAAGAAAUACAGCCCAUCUUUUGGGGAUGAUUUUUUUUUUCUUUUGAGUGCUCUUUUAAAAGGAAUCAAAGAGCGAUGUAGCCGUGUGUCUGCCUGCCCGGCGUGAGCUCACAGCCACUCCGAGCAAACCACAUCCCUGGAGGAAAACGCACACGUGAGAAGUACAUAUGACAGAUUUUUUUUCCUUAGCAUUUGGUUACCCCACCUUGACCCUCAGCCAAGAUCGAUAAAGCCUUGUACCUGAUGCCUUGAGGCCAAGUCGGAAAUGGGGCUUCUCGGUGUGCAGGACGGAAAGGGGGAGAAGCGAGCAGAGGGGGCUGUGGCUUCCAGCAGGGAAGGCUGACCUUUUACAUAAAUGGAGGCGACCGCCAGGAAGCACUGAGGGACAGGAUUUUCCAGAUCCGGACUGGGAAUGUAACAACGGAGAAAGCAGUCUGAGUGGACAAAAUAAAGACAGAGGGGAGGGGCAGAGCUAAAAAUCCAAGGCAAGGAAGGGGGAGUGGGAAGAGGACUGUAACAAAGGGUCAGCAGAAUGGGGUUCUUGGGGUUGUUCAAAACGUUCCACAGAUAGGCCUUUUCUUUCUUGCCUACUGAGUUAUCAACAUUAAAGCUUCUCUCUCGCAGCUAGUACUCAAACAGGAGGCCAGGAUUACAAGGCGUAGACAGGUGUUCUCGGCCAGUUCCUUCUAGAGCAGUGGUCAGCAAACUUUUUCUGUAAAGGUCCAGAGAGUAAAUUACACUGUUUUUCGUUUGGCGGGUCAUGCGGUUUCUGUCCCAAGUACUCCCCUCUGUCACUGUGCCCAAAAAGCAGGCAUAUAUAAAACAACAUGUCACCAACAGGCCUGGCUCUGCUCCAGUAAGAUUGCAUUUAACAGGUGCCCACCUGGAUCUGGCUCUUGGGCCCGAGUUUUGGGACCCCCCAUUCUAGUGAGCUGGCAAAAAAGUAUGCACCCUCUGUUUGAUCAGCUUAUAGCUCUCCCUCGAAGUGACCCGAGGCCAGAGGUAAAGAAGUUAAAUUUAUCUGCUCUAAUUUGUUCCAGGGAAUGCCCUUACCCCAAACCAGGCUAGUGUUUUUAUUACCCCAAACCCAAGCUCAUCAGUGCCGGGACAUGCUGCUACUGGAAGGUCAGCUCCCCAAUCUUCCAUGAUCCAGGUUAGAAAGAAACCAUUUGGGUGUGGGGGGUAGGGGGGAGGGGACAAAAUGCUGGGAGAAGCACCUAAAAAGCUGGAGAGAUGGUGCGCUUAAUCCCGCUCUGCCCUCCGGGGGAGGAGGACCGGUGUGUCAGGCUUUGCCAUGGGAACCAAACGUAAACCGUGGCUGUCUCAUGCCAUGGGCCACUGCAGCACGUUACUGUUUUACUUACAUCACUCAAAAGCUGAAGCAAUAACAUUCUCCCGCGUUGCUGGGUCAGCUGUUCAUUUGUUCGCCGGCUCCUGGGCUGGAUGUGUGAAAGGCAUCACUUUUAUAUUUUCCUCAGUGUAAAUGUCUUAUGUGUUCGCCUACUGAUGUCCCAUUUGUUGCUUCUAUUGUAAAUAUUUGUCAUUUGUAUUUAUUAUCUCAAGUGUUUUCCCCCAAGGCAUAAAAUGGCUUACCGUGUUCAUUUGAACCCUGUCACUGAUCUCUGUUGUCUAUUUUUCAUACCACUAGCCUGUUACUUCUCAAAAGUCAGGUAGCUCUCAUUUCAUUCUGGUUCUUAAUGUUUUUGAAGCAUACAAUAGUAUUUAUUGUGAAGGUUCUUUGGCUCAAAACGGAAUAAAGUCCAAAUUCCUACAAGAGUUGACAAGGCAUUUGUACAAUCUAAAAUGUAAGCAAAGUAGUCAUUAAAAAUAGACACUCAACUUGGGCUUCAUGCUUCGUACAAAUUGACUCUUGAGCCUUCCUUUAAGGAAGGAUGUGGAUUUCCAAAUAAAGAUACAGCGUUUAUUUUGAGCUUUGCAUCUUUACAAGAUGAUCUGAACACCUCUCCUUUGUAUCAAUAAAUAGCUCUGUUGUUCUGAAAGGAGAGGACCCAGUACAGCAAAAUGCUGGCACCUGAAACCAAAUAAAUAGCAAACACCAGCCCAGAGCUGCAGUCAUACUUAGACAUGCACACACACACACACACACACACACGCACAUGCACACGCACACGCGCAUAAACACACACAGAGACAUUUAAACUUGAACCAAGUAAAAGGCUUUGCUAGAACAACAUGGAAAAACAAUGCUACCGGAGCCCAUUUCCUAAGGAAGGACAACCUCAUCUGGUCUCAGAAUUGGCACCACGUGAGCUUGUUAAGUAAUAAUGUCUGCUUCUGUUACGGAUUUAGGCAGCAGGACAUGAACGUUGUCACAUUGCAUUAUUUUUCUCCAUUCAUUAAUAAAGAUUUCAAAUAAAUGGC